GAGAGAAGGAGGGAGAGAGGGUAAAGGAGAAAGUGAGGGACAGAGAGAGAAAGAGAGAAAGGGAGAGAUAGAGUCCUCCAUCACUGUGGACAACCCAACAUGCCAGGUACAGAAUGUUCUGGUACCUACAUCGGGCUGGCUCUGACCUCCCUGGCUCUUCUGGUCUCCGUCUGUGUCAAUAUCAUCCUCUUCAUCCUGAGACACAGGGACAUCAAACACAGAGCAGACACAGAGGAGCUUCUCUACCCACUACAUUACCCUACAGAGAGUCCCAUUAGAUUCGAGGAGGAAGAGGAGGAGGAGAAUCAUCAACAGCAGGAGAACCCCAUUUAUGGAAACAUUGCAUCAGUGUCUGAGGGGAACUGCACCUCUCUAUGCUAUGAAUCCAUGACCCUGCACCACUCGAGAGCAAACAGAAAGCCACCACAGACUGUUUCUCACCUUCAGCAUCCUGACCUAAACUACGCUUCUCUGGAUCUGGAUGUGGGACAGAAACGAAAGAAGAAGCGCCGCUACCAUCAGAACCAGACCCAGGGCCCAGCCCAGGCGGCCAGGGGCUUCCUGGAAGUAGAUGCAGAGGUUGAGGCUUCUCUUCCCUCCAGGAGUAGCAGCCCCCUUGCUUCCAGAAACAGCAUCUACCUCAACAGCCAACAGAUGGCUCUGGAGACCGAAGAGAGGGAGAGGGUGAGGGAGAGAGGGUGGGACAGAGACCGGGAGUGGGACACAGGAAGGGAGGAGAGAGGGAGAAAUAGAGACAGGGAGUGGGACACAGCCAAUGGGCCUUCUGCACAGUUCCGACGUCACAACGAGGGCGUGAUUACCGCCUGA